UAAAUUUGUUUAGUAUUUUAGAUUUUUCAAUUUUUUUUAGAAAUCACAUGAAAUCAACCACUAAUGAGUAAGAAAGGGAUUGCUGAUGUUAUAAGAAGCGAAGUCAACAUUUUUAUUGAAGAUGAAAAGGAGAAGAGAUAUAAUGAUACUAAAAAUUUGGAAGAGCAAAACGAUACAGAAACUAAGGAAAGAAAAAACACGGUACAAAUUAAUGAUCAAGUCAGGGAUCUCGAGAAGGGAGUCAGUGAGAAUAGGACAGAUGGCAGGAAGAGAAAAAGUUCAAUCGGCAAUCAAACAUUGUGGAUUCAGUUUUUUGGAUUUAAAGAAUCACUUAGAGAAGAAGGAAUUGUACCGGACGUGCCUUUAAAUUACGAUCCUAAGAGUAGAAAUUACUUCGUGAAAUUUGUCUUCGUUAUUUUGUUUGUGAUGCUUUUACUGACAAUUGGUAUUGUUACUCUUCUCUUAAACACGCCUGAUGCAAAGGAAUUCUUCCAGAGGUAUUAUCUUAUAUGCUUAUUAACGUCUAUUGCUAUUAUGGCAAUGACAGGUAGUCUGAUGCUGUGUAGCGAAUGUUCCAGACGUCCGCCUUGCAAUUUCUUUUCUCUUAUUAUUGCAGUUAUUGGGAUGAGUUUUGUGGUGGUUACGCUGACAUGUCGAGUGCGAACAAAUUUAAUUUUCUAUGCAUUUAUUGCAACGGCCGCUGUUGUCCUUGUUUGUGUACUUUUGGCAUGUUCUAGUUUUGACUUCACCAAAUGGUACUUAUACGUUGUGGUUAUUGCUGCGGCAUUUGGAGCUGUGGCCAUGGUAAUUUCCAUAUCAAUGUUGUUUAUGAACAUCUACUAUAAGCCAAUACAUAUAGUGAUACUUUUGGCUGGGACUGUAUUAAACGUUGUGAUUCUAAUAAUAGAGCUACAAACGAUUCUCGGUGGAAAGGCCGUUGAAAUUGGCGAGUCUGAUUAUGCAAUAGCGGCUUAUAUGCUGUACACAAGUAUCAUUGACCUUUUCCUCAAGAUACUUCAGAUGAUGGAUUUGUCUGAUGACUGA